AUGACAUCUUCAGUAAUCCAGCUAGAAUGCCAAUGCAACAACUACCCAUGGGGACGACAGGGCAAGGAGUCUCUAGCAGCAAAAUAUGCAGCCUCAACACCAGGAGGCAAAUUCAAACUUGAUGAGAGUAAAGAAUACGCCGAGAUGUGGAUGGGCACAUAUCCAACCACACCAUCUCUCAUCCUAUCGAACGGCCAAAAUCUCCAAGAACAUCUCAAUACCAACAAGGAGAAGUUGAUUGGAAAACCCAUACUCGAUAAAUUCGGCGCAGAUCUCCCAUUUUUACCAAAGAUUCUCUCAAUAGCCAAAGCUCUCCCUCUACAAAUACACCCUGACAAGAAGCUCGCGGCCAAGCUUCACGAGCAAGACCCCGAGAAAUUCGGCGACACAAACCACAAACCCGAGAUCGCCGUCGCCCUCGGAAAAUUCGAAAUAUUCGUUGGCUGGAAACCCCUUUCUGAGAUCAAAUCCCUCUUCACCAGUAUCCCAGUCCUCACCUCCAACUUUCUCACCUCCCCAUUCGACACCAUAGACAAAGACGCCCUAAAAUCCAUCGUCCAUAAAAUCCUAUCCCUUUCCGACUCCAAAAUAACCACCAUCUACAACACUCUCCUAGAAACCCCCCCCUCCAAAUUCCCCCACGCACCCUACAUCCCCACCCUCCUCCCCCGCCUCGCCUCCCAAUACUCUUCCUCCGACCCCGGCAACCUCGUCGCCCUCCUCACCAUGAACUUUCUAAUCCUCGAAAAAGGCGACGCCAUCUACGUCCCCGCAGACGGUAUCCACGCCUACCUAUCCGGCGACAUCGUUGAAUGCAUGGCGCGCUCCGACAACGUCCUCAACACAGGUUUCUGUCCCCGCGCCGACCGCGACUCCGUCGAUCUAUUCAGCGCCGCUCUUACAUUUUCCCCCGUGGGAAAGGAAGAAUGUAUACUCAAACCCACAGCAAGCUCCAAAGGCAAACAAGGAAAGACCAAAGUAUUAGCACCGCCCAUGAGCGAAUUCAACAUGUUGGUGACAGCACUCAAGAAAGGAGAAAAGGAAACGAUUGAGAAGUUGGGAGGGCCCAGUAUACUGAUUGUGACGGGGGGUAAAGGAUCGAUGAAGGCGGGAGAGGAAUCGUUUGAGGCGAAGGAGGGUUAUGUCUUUUUUGUGGGAGUUGGUACAGACUUGAAAUUUGAGGCUGAGGAGGAAUUAGAGGCUCAUAUUGCUUUUUGUGAGGCAUAG